AUGACUAGUAGUCUAGAUUUUGAUGUUCAAGAACCGUUAACUUCAAAUGCCACUCCAUUGACGAGUUCAACUCUAACAAUUAGAAUUAUAAAAUCAUUUCCAUAUAGAAAUGUUAAAUCAAUCGUUUUAUCCAAUUAUGAUUUAAAGGAAAAGACUGGACAUGAUUUAUUUAAUGAUGUCUUGAAGAAAAUUAAUAAUGAAGGUGCGUAUAGGCCAUAUCGUAACGUCAAUUAUGAUACUAUGAAAAUUUACACACAUGCUCAUGGAUCUAAGACAGUAAAUUUGGUUAUCAAUUUUACUCAUGACAAUCCUGAGGAUAAUUGGGUUUUGGAUACUAAGGAUCCAAAUGGUAAAAAAUUGUGUCAAUAUGACAUUGAAAAUGAAACGGAAAUCUCCUUAUUCAACCUUGAAGAUUACUUGGAAUUCAAGGCUAAUCCCGUAGAAAAAUGGCUUUAA